UCAAUGACAAUGGGCCUGUUGGACUUUAUUCGGUUCACUCAUUAACAGAUCAGUGCUACCCUAGAAAUAUUAUCAACUUCCUGCGCUAUCCUCGUCGGAGAUCUGAGGGAAUGAAUUCCGUUUGACUCAUUGGCCGGAUAAUCAAUUAUUUCACUCACAACAGAAUGGAAAAUGCAGAGGGCAAAUUGAAUACUGAAAUGAACGACAAAUUGUUCAAUAUUUUCAAGGAUUUUAUGACUAGGAUCACAGAGUUUGAGGAACUAGUGGAUGUUGGAAGCAGAUUAUUAAAAGACUUUCAACAAGAACUGGAGUUUCUUCGACGGCCCCCAUUUGGCAGGACAUCAGAGUUGGUUAAAAACAUAAUUAAUAUUGAUGAAACAAAGAGGUUGCAGUCAUACCUUGAAGCUGGAUGCGUAAAAACAUUUGAUGGAUUUCAAAAUAUUAGCAAGUUGCAUAGUCUCCAUGUUGAGCUUCACGGCUAUACAAGUGAAGGGGAAAACAUACUUAUUCAGCUAGAUGAACUCAUGAAGGAUGCUAUUUGUGUAUUGGAAACUACUGGUGGAAACUUGCAACCCAAUUGGGAUAAUACUCUGGCUUUGGCUAAUGGGGCUGAAGAAGAAGCGACCAAGGAUAAUGAGGGAAUUGCAUUGUCUAGAAAACUCGAAGACACUGACUUGGCUGUCCUCAUGGCUAUAAUCCUCAGCAUGUUUAAGCAAGAAUACUCAAUGCAGGAAAAAAUUAUUUCAGCUCUAAGCCUGAAAUCCUCUUCAGAGGAACUAGAAAGUUACUCCCUAAUGUGGUCUCUACGCCCUUUUAUAGAAGAUGAUAUUAUGCAUCAAGCAUGGAGACGUAUUCGUUAGCUUAAAACUUGUUUUGUUUCAAGAGCACUUCCUCUUUAUUUUACAACUUAUGGGAUAGCUCAAGUGAGUAAAUAUAAACAAACAAAAUCUACUAUUACCUCUC